UGUGUGUUGUGGCAGAUGAGAGGGGGAAUCUUUGCCAGAUUAGUCUGGGAAGAGCAUGCUUGUUACAGCAGACAUGGAGCUUCCCACUCACACACACACACUUUCCAACCUUCCAUUCACUCUCAGCUCCAUCUUUGAGGAUUACUCCCGAUCCCUCCAGUCUUCUCCCCUCGGAGAGGGAAGGGGUAACAUUCCUGCCGAGCAAUGACAACGAGGAUUUCUUUUGUUGCCUCACAGAUCUGUUUGAUUUUGAGGCGCCGCGGUGCCCUUGAGGAAUAGUGCUGCAUUUGGACAUCAUGUCUGUGUCUGUCUCCCCCACCCAUGACUGUCUGCCGCCGCCGCCGCCGCUGCCGCUGCAUGCAUACUCAUGUUUCUGGCCUUUUAAUUGCCUUUGUGGGGGAAAACAGCGGCUGCAGCAGAUCUUCAACCAGAGCGACAGACAUUCCUGCUCAAGUCUGCGGCAUGAACGUCCUUCAUGUCGACGUCUGUUUUGCCGUUAAACUGAGCUCCAAAACGGUAUAUUGAUAAUCAAUCAAACAUGCUGUUCUGGAGCUCACAUUUCUUCAGCAUUACGCAGGGGCACUCAUGAGUAUGUGCUCUUUUAUUUUUGGAACCAAAAACCACAGACUCGCUUGGAAACGAGGAGUGAGCUGAUCGUCAUUCUUGUCGAACUUGGUGGUGAACUUGAGUCCCUUGCAAGAUUUACAACUCACACUUGUGAGACCAGACAAACUUUGACUCACGACACCUGUUCAAAAUUAGACAGAAUGACCCAUGUCGUGGAAAAAGAACUAUUUUUCUGUAGGAUCUAGGUGGUGCUCUCAGCAGAUGUUGCAUAUGACAAAAAAUUCAGAGAAGAACACGAAUAAAAGCUGCACCAAAGGAACACAACAGUGAGGGUUGACCCUUGAGGAGCCGUGGUGAGAGUGGAUGGAGACGCAUGAAGAGAGGAGGAGUGACAUAUGCCUUUUCUAGACACCUUCCUCAUUAAAGUGGCAUCCAAGAGACGAACGGACAAGUUGCCACCUCCACUGACUUUUCAUGAUCGAGGAGCUUGGCCUCCUUACAGCCUGACACAGCAGAGAACGGUUCCCCGGAGGAAAUGGAGGAGGACAUCAGUCUGAAGAAGCGCAAGGGCGACCAGCCUCCACAGAAGGCGCUCCAGGCCGGACAAGAAGCCGGUGAAAAGGUCAAGAGGAAGCGAGGCCGCCCCCCUGCGGAGAAGCUGCCUCCCAACCCUCCUGAACUCACCAGACUACUGAACACCCUAGUGGACAUGGUGAUCAACUACAAGGACGGAGUGGGCCGGCAGAUCAGCAAAGGCUUCGUCCAACUGCCGUCCAAGAAGGAGGUGCCAGAGUACUAUGAGCUGAUCCGGAAGCCUGUGGACUUCAGGAGGAUCAGGGAACGUGUGCGUAACCAUAAAUACAGGAGCGUCGGCGACUUGGAGAAGGAUGUCUUCCUGCUGUGUCACAACGCUCAGACCUACAACCUGGAGGGAUCUCAGAUCUACGAGGACUCCAUUGUCAUUAAAUCAGUCUUCGAAAGCGCCAGACAGAGAAUCGUGACGGAGGCCGAGCAGGAAAAAGCAAUGGCUGCCAGUCAAAGCAAUAACGGAGGCAGCACUGAAGACCAGUUCGUACCGAGACAAGUGAAGUCAUCGCCAGCGCAGCUAAAACAAGAGUCCACGGACGACAGCGGUUACCAAGGUCUGCCGGCACCACUCCGCUCUCACCUGUACGACAAUGAGCAGCAAAACACCACAAAGGACCAGGGUUGAACCACCACAGCAUUCUUUUCUAACUGUGUUGCGUCCUCACUCCGAUCGUUUCCAUUUUCUAAAAGACUCACUUCUGCUUUUUCUACCGACGACACGUUCACCGUCUGCCUCGCAUUCGUGUUGAUUUGUCAUUUUCUGGUCCACGGUGGUUCUCUCCUCCGCCUCGGUCGCCGUGACAUGACGUCCGUUUGUGGGAAUCUUCUUCAUAUUUCUCGGAGCAUGAUCCGUUUUGUCUCCAUGUGAGCACACCGGGAGCUUUUCAGUGAAUGUGGGUUUUUGAUAAAAGACAAAAAUCACUUUUGUCCGUUUCUGAUACUUGAUGGAGUCAUUUUGCGUGUAAGUAACAAAGCGACAUUCUGCAGCGUAUCAGUGUUUGUGUGUGAGAGAGAGGGGGGUGUACUUGUACUUCUAUCUUUGUGAGAACUUGUAUGGGCUUUUAAGGAGUGAAGACAUGUUUGCAAAGUGAGGACAUUUUGGCCGGUCCUCACUUUGUCAAGCCUCAGUUUGCGGGUUAAAACUACAAAAAAGCUGGGUUAUUAUCAUUGGGUUUUAGUUUGGUUCAGAGUAAAGGCUAAGUUUAGCCAUUUGUUGUUGAUGGUUAGGGGGAAAGGCUGGGGAAGGGGUCAUGUCAAUGUCUGUCAAUGACAGUCCUCACUAAGAUAGGAAGACGAACACGUGUGUGUAUGUUUUGCUAUACUUGUGAGGACAUUUUUGGCCUGUCCUCACACGGUUUAGAGGGUUAAGACACAAGUAAAAGUACGUUAUUAUAACGGAGUGUAAGUUUGGGUCCUGGUUAAGGUUUGCCACUGGUUUUGGAUGGUUAAGGGUGAGAGGUCCUCACAAAAAUAGCGAGACAAACGUGUGUGCAUGUGUGUGUGUGGGGAAGGGAUGUGGGUUUUCAUUGUCGAGACAAUCCCUGGAAUCAUGUACAACUUGG